UUUACGAAAUUUAAAGCUGGCAAUACUGUGAGCAAAAGAAAAACAUGUUGAAAAAUUAACAAAAACAAUAAAAAAUUACACAAAUUAAAGAAAUUUUAAGGAAUUAUUAAACAAUUUUAAGAAAAUUAAAGAAAAAUGGACAAUGAAAUGAAAUCAAAAGUGGAAGCCUGCAGUCGUACGGCUGAGGAUUUUACCAAAUUAUAUUAUCAAUCUUUUGAUAAAAGAAGACAUCAAAUGAACCGCCUCUACUUGGAUAAUGGUCUUUUUGUGUGGAAUGGCAAUGGUGCCUCCGGCAAAGACAAUAUACAGAAAUACUUUAUAGAAUUGCCCACUUCGGAACAUACUAUUUCCACCUUGGAUGCUCAACCUAUUGUGGAUGAGGCUGUGGCCGGACAAUUAACCUAUUUAAUACAGGCCGGCGGCACUGUGAAGUAUACUGAUCAGCCGAUGAAACCUUUUCAACAGACUUUUAUUAUAACAGCUCAGGAUGAUAAAUGGAAGAUUGCUAGUGAUUGUUAUCGUUUGCAGGAUGCUUUAGUGACGCAAGAUAAUAAAUCGUAGUUUUAAGUUGGAAAGUUUUUGAUAAUAAAUAUGAUUUUUUUGUAAAAUUACUAAAUAUAAAAGGUUUUUGUAAAAAUAAAAGUUUAA